AUGUACGUAAAGGAAAAAGAACCAUCUGAAAUGUAUGACAUUGAUAAAGAAAUUGAAAGCCUGUAAGUGUAAAAUAACUUUAUGUGCUGUUUAAUAAACGAGCAGGAGUGUUUUAUUUAGACCUAGUAAAACACGACCUGCAAGUUCAUUAAACGGCUUCAAACACGACUACAAAUUCAAUAGAUAUACUGCCUUAUUAGUAUUCUUUAUAUAAAGAAUACUAAUUAGCAGUGUUUUAUCAGGUUUAAAGCCACUGCAUGUGACAUAUUAUCACAGAGGAAGUACAUACAGAGAACUCACUUCAGGUUAAUUUCGCGUAAGGGAUUUUUUCAGUCCGCCAUGUUCUUAGCAAGUGCCCUAAAGAGAGGCAGUCACCCCCCUGAAAACAUAUUAAAAAUUUAAUAUUGCUAAUAUAUUAUUUGCUAAGAACAUGGCCGCCAGCUUUUUCGGUAAAAAAGCGCCUUACGGUUUUGUAAUGGAAGUUACACUUCUGUAUGUCUUUAUUCUGUGAUAUUAUGGUUGACAUGAUUUGCCAAUAAGCUUAUGAAUUAUGAGUUAUUAAUGAGUGUUUGAAUGUAAUAUAAUGUGUUGUAUAUUAUACACUGAAUGCCUGUCUACACACAUGGUACUGUCAAAUAACAAUUUCCAGUCUUUAGUUUUUAUACAAAAAAAUUCAUUCAAAAAGCCAGUGUACCAAUGACAUUGGUACAAUUUUUCCAGUAUGUAUCAAUACUGGAUAGUUUUCAUACAAAUAUGUUUUCAUCAUUAAUAUUAUCAUAUAUAACACGUAUGUUGAUAAUCUUACCGUUACAAUAUUAUCAUUCUGUUUUGGUAGGAGCCCUAGUAGAAAUGACAGUUACAGUGAGAAUGAGUUUCAAGAUGACGAGGUAUGUAAUACCUAUCAUACUUCAUAGCAUUUACAUCAGUCUCUAAAUUCCAUGUUAUUGUGUAAAGAAAAUUCCUCGACUAGGAGUUUCUUUAAGGAAUUUGAACAAUCAGACAAUGAGCUGUGAUAAGAAAUUCUGGAGAUGCGUUGUUUAAAGAAAAACAUGUUAUAUCUUUUAGUCUUUUGCAAUAUUGCACGUGAAGAAAUUCUGCAAACUUGGCCCAUUUAUCAUGCACUUACUGCUGAAGAUCAUUUUUUGAAUUAAAUUUGAUUGAAUGGUAAUUUGCAUUUGCGUGUACAGAACACAUACUGCGUCAAAUACCACUGCAACACCCUGCUCAUGAUUUCUUUUUGGAUUGGUAUAUACACAAAAUGUUUUGUUGGUGACCAGUUUUGUUCUGUUUCUGCAUUAAGUAGGCAUAUGUUCCUUGCGUAGCAAAUUAAGGCGUAAAAUUACCAUAUUGACAAGAUUAUGGUCUACUUUCUUUCUUGUAUUGUAUUCAAUUAUGUAGAUCACUAGAUGACUUUUGUCCUUUAUAUUUUAGCUUGAUGGAUACCUAAGUACAGAUGCAUCUCCUUUAAAGAAAAAAACAGAAUUUGAAAUAUACCGAAAAAAUAAAUAGUGCCGCUUUUUAACAUCAUUAGGGAGCACCGAAAAUCAUUUUAUAGUGCCACUCCUGAUGAACUGCAAACAAGAAAAUACAGAUAUAAUAAGCACUUCAAUUCCCUUUGAAGUACAACAAAAUGCAUUGCUAGUCAUUGACAUGGAUACCUUAGUAGAAAGAGAAGACAUACUGAGUGAUAACAAUGGGGAAUGGAAACACAAUGGCUGCAAAACAAAGUUCUUUGUAACAACCAAAGAUUCUGACGACAGAGUGAUAGGAUUGACAAGAGUCAGCAAAGAAGAAAGAGGUGAUAUUGCAGUUAGAAGACGUUACCAUCGUACCACAGGGUAA